AUGAAGUUCACACCGUCUCCCCAUCAGGCCGCCGGCCACGCUGGAAUUUUGGAGGCAGGCCCGGUGUUUGCCAAAUUGACUGCCCAGCAGGAGAUUGACUUUUACGCCGAGGCCAGAUCUCGCCUGGACGACUCGUUGGACUUGGGUGCAAAUUUGUACGACUGGAUGCCCACGUUCAUGGGAACGUUGACCCAGGGCGCUGUCAAUAGUCCCGACGCAACGGUCAUCAAUCCAGAUCAGAUUUUGGUCGACCAAGUUGCUGAACAGGCUGCUCUGGAGGAGAAGUACAUCGUGCUUCAGAACCUACUCUAUGGCUACAAAAACCCAUGUAUUUUGGAUAUCAAACUCGGCGCAGUUUUAGUAGACGACACCGUGUCCGAGGAAAAGAGGUUGCGUUUGGCAAAAGUUAGCGCUGAAACCACCAGUGGCUCUUUGCACCUUCGGGUGUGUGGAAUGAAGGUGUACAAUGGCCAGAGCGACGAGAAACCUCCUCUUUUAGACGAAACCAUCGCGGUGGAGUCUACGGACUCUGGAAAGUACUUGAAGUUCAACAAGUUCUUCGGUCGCAGCCUCACAAUAGAGAACAUUCAAGAAGGCCUUUCGCUAUUUUUCGUGAAAUCCAUUGCGCCUGAGCUUCGCAAGGCACUCAUCACCACGUUCUACCAGCGUCUCCAGCUUUUUUACAAUUGCUUGGUAGAUGCUGAGGUCCGCAUCAAGUCUGGGUCGCUCUUUUUCUGCUACGACGCCGAUCCUGCCCGGUGGGACCAAUUACAAGUCGAGCUGUAUGGCGAACAGGAUCGGAUAUUCGAUGAGGGUAUUGCUGGUAUGGACGAUGAGAGUGACGCCGGGAGCGACGACGAAACCAAUGCGGACUGUCCGCUCUCAAGACUCAAGUUCAUCGACUUCGCACACUCCAAAUUCACCGACGGACAAGGAUGUGACGAAAACGUCAUCGUCGGAGUCGAGAAUCUCUUGAAAAUCUUCGAGCAGCUCUUACAGUAG